CUUUGUAAGUCCACUCCUACAAAAGCAGGCCUUGGGGCGGUGCUGUUUUCGGCUUCGUUGGUUGUGGGAUUUAUGCUCAGGUCUCGAGCUCUGGUUCUCUUCUCCAGUUCCGGCAACGCCCUUCUCCGUCCAGUGAAUCGGAGCCACCUCCGAUCAUCACCUUUCCAUAAAAGUCAUAGGUGUUUGGGAAAAAUAUCAUCAAUGUCAAACUCAGCAAAUUCAUCAUCAGUUGUUUUACCAAUGUCAAAUGAUGAAAGAGAAGAAGUUGGGCUUCUUGAUGCUGUCGAUGAUAUCCAUGGAGGAGUCAUUGUUGAACUUAAAGGGCCAAUGGAUUGUAAAACUUUUGUUUCUUCGUUGAGAGCUUCUUUAUCACAUUGGAGGCAACAGGGGAUAAGAGGUGUUUGGAUAAAGUUGCCCAUUGAACUUUCCCAUCUUGUUCAACCAGCUGUUCAGGAAGGGUUUUGCUACCAUCAUGCAGAACCAACUUAUUUGAUGCUUGUAUAUUGGAUCCCUGUCAGCGAGAAUACUUUACCUAUUAAUGCCACACACCGGGUUUGUAUUGGUGCUUUUGUGAUGAAUGAGAAGCGAGAGGUGCUCGUAGUCCAGGAAAAAUGUGGAAUUCUCCGGGGGUCAGGCAUAUGGAAGUUUCCUACAGGGGUGCUUGAGCAAGGUGAAGAUAUCUUUGCUGGAGCUAUUAGAGAAGUCAAAGAAGAAACAGGAAUUGAAACUGAUUUUCUGGAGGUGCUUGCAUUCAGGCAAAAUCACGGGGCAUUUUUCGGGAAGUCAGAUUUAUUCUUUGUAUGCAUGCUGCUACCUCUUUCCUCAGAAAUUCAUAAGCAAGAGUCAGAAAUCGAGGCUGCUGCGUGGAUGCCGGUCGAAGAAUUUGCAGCACAGCCUUUUGUCAAAAAACAUGAACUGUUGAAGUACAUUCUUGAUCUUGGAUUGGCUAAAGCGGACAGGAAUUACUCUGGAUUUACACCCCUGAGUAUAUCAUCCGCAUUUUCUGAGGAGCUGAGCUUUUUAUAUCUAAACUCCAGGGGCCUGUGACUAGUCAUCAAAAUUUGAUGAUUGAUGCUGCAAAGAACAAUUAAUGUUUUCCUAUUUUUCCUUAUUCAUGUUUCAUCCUUUGUGCUAAAUUUAUCAUUAGCAGCAGCAGCAGCAGCAGCAGCAGCAGCAGCAACUCAGAAACAAACAAACAGACGCUGGUGUAUUCUUAUUGUUCUUUGAAAUUAUAUAUAUUUAUAAUUUCAGAUAAGUUUGUGUGAGAGAUGUAAUUUUCAUCUUAUUUCAGACUGAGUUUUGUUAUUUAAUAAUAAUAAUAAAAAAAAAAA